UAGAGCUCCUUCAAACUUAAGUUGGCCUGCACGUCUUAGCAGCACAAAGAAUUGCUCGAUGAUUUACAGAAUGUCGGCAGCUACAAUCAACGUUCUUACGACAUUUUUCCCUAUAUGUCUACUCGGAAUAACUCAAGCUCUACCUGAAAAAUGUCACAGAGCCCUUGGUUUAGAGGAUGGAAGAAUUAGAGACUCACAGAUCACAUGCUCUAGCGUUAGAAAGGGUACGAAUGCUUCCUCUGAACAAGCUCGUCUUCGCCACAAUAUUUCACCAUGGGGUGCCUGGUGUCCAGACACAAGCCGUGUAAACGUCAGUUCAAAAAACAAUUCUUACGACCAGUUUAUUGAGAUUGACUUGUUGUAUCCGAUCAACAUAAGUGGAGUGGCAAUACAAGGACGAGAGUAUAACGGAGGAAGAGAGUUUGUUGAAAGUUACAAAAUAUCGUACAGCAUAAAUGGCAGUGGUUGGAUUUAUUACGCAUAUAGUGAUAAAAAAAUGCCGUUUGACAUGGUAUGGCAACAUGGAAAUCUUUCUUGGAAAGUUUCCUUUUCAUCACAUCAUAUAUAGUGAGAUCAUUGAAAGUAGAUCAGAGAAAAGGAGAGAAAAUGACAAAUAUUUUUUUAGGCUAAAAGUACUCAACGUGAUACAAGAAGUAUAAAACUUGAAAUAUUUGCUCUAUCUAGUUCUAUCUACUUAUUUUUUGCAAAGUUGCAUUGCCAAACAUAUACUAUAAUAUCAAAAGAGUAGGACCCACUUAUCUAUCGAUUUUUCGGCGGCCCAUUCUCUCCUAGAUAGUACACUGUGCAUUUAAGUUUGUUUCUUCCAACCAACUAACCUUCAAAGAAGGGGAGAACGUUUUUAAAAAAAUGAAAGCGAUAUCAGGUACGAAGAAUAGUAUUUUCAGUAUACAUUUGAUUUUACCUUUGAGAUAUU